CAAUGGUGGUGAAGAACGAGUUAGCCGUCGACAAACAGCAAGUAUCGUGCGCCUUUGACGACAUCCUUGGCGCCAUCGAUGAAUUUGGCACCUGGCAAAAGAUUUUGUUUUCCAUGGUACCGCUAAUUGGGGUGGUCCAUGCCAUGAACGCUCUGGCCCAGGUCUUCAUGGCCGGGGAGGCCGACCACUGGUGCCGUGUGUCCUCCUGGGACCAGGCCAACUGCACCGCUGCGGGCCUGCCGGACGACUGGGAGUGUCUCCUGGAGAAACGCAACGCCUCCAUCCCGUACAAUGCCACCACGAAAGUCUUUGACAGCUGCGAGAUGUACAACGUGACCGGUGUGGUAUUCACCCCUGGAUUGAGGCCGUCCGACUUUGACAAUACCAACACAGUUAGGUGCAGGGAUGCUGAUGGUUGGAUCUAUGACACAAGACAGUAUGAGAAAACCAUUAUAAAUGAGUUUUUCGUUUCAUUUCAGUUUAAUCUUGUCUGCGACCAGAAAGCUACCGUGAACCUUCUUCAGUCCAUCUACUUUGCUGGUUUUCUGGUUGGCUCGUUCGUCUUUGGCUCCCUAGCAGACUGGAUUGGCCGCAAACCAGCGCUUUAUUUGGCGUCUACGGUACUCCUGUGUGCAUCCGUGGCCAACGUCUUCUCGCCCAGCGUGCUGGUGUACAUGAUCCUUCGAUUCUUCAUCGCGGCCGGCGCCAUGGGGGCGUUCCUCGUCUGCUUUGUCCUGACGUGUGAGUUUGUUGGCCCGAGUAGACGUGUCGUCGUCGGUAUUUUCGUCCAGGCAUUCUUCUCGCUUGGUCUCCUCCUCCUGUCGCUUCUAGCCUUCCUCAUUCGAACGUGGCGGUUCCUGCAGCUUUGCCUUGGGGUCUCCACUGUCUUGUAUUUUCUUCUGUACUUCUUCAUUCCAGAGUCUGCUCGUUGGGAGGUAUCCAAAGGAAGGUAUAAAAAUGCCGAGAGGACGUUAAGGAAGAUGGCAGCCAGAAACAAGAAGGAAUUCCCUGAAGAAAUGUUUUCUCCAGAAAUCAUCGCAUCUAAGCAACACAAUGAAGGGCAGCAAACGUUCGUCGCACUCUUCCGCACUCCGAACAUGCGCAUCAAAACACUGAACCUCAUGUUCUACUGGUUUGUUGUCAACAUGGUCUAUUACGGAUUGGGCCUUAGCACUUCCAACCUGGGCGUGGAUGAUUAUCUUGCUGCGGCAAUAUCCGCCUUCGUCGAGUUCCCCAGCCUCAUCUUCAGCGUCUUCUCACUUCAGUAUUUCGGCCGGCGUAUCAACCUGAGCGGCACCAUGGUGCUUGGGGGCGUGGCUUGCAUCAUUACUGCUUUCCUCGAAGAGGGCGUGGCACGGACGGCUAUCGCCAUGGUCGGCAAGUUUGGUAUCAGCGCGGCUUUUGCGAUCAUCUAUGUGGUGUCUGGAGAAAUUUUCCCUACGCCAGUCAGGAGUGCCGGCAUGGGGGUGACGUCGAUGUCAUCUCGUAUCUCCGGCAUCAUCUCCCCGUUCCUUCUGGAGCUGGGGUCGGCCUGGCCGCCCUUCCCGUUCGUGGUAUUUGGCGUCUUAUCGAUAGCUUCCGGCCUGCUGUCCCUGCUGCUCCCCGAGACGAGCAACAAGAAACUCCCAGAAACAAUGGAAGAAGGGGAAGCCUUUGGAAAGCCAAAGUGUAUUGGGAGCAGCGGUGAGGAGAAGGACGUUGCUAUGGUAACCAUCGGUGUGGUGGAGUUAGACACCGAUGCAGGGGUGGAGAAUCCGACUUUCGAGGACAAAGGGUGCCAGACAAGCGAGUCUAGCUUUAAGGAACUUGCCGGACCGUGAAAGUAGUCUGGAGCCUUGCUGACCACGUCGAAGACGAACAUUGUCACAGCCUUGAAAACCCGCUCAAAGAUAAAGUAAAAACUAAACAGUCCAAAAAGUGUCUGAUGUUUUGGGUAACCAUUUUAAACUAACAACAGUAUUUGAUAAUAAAGUUAUUGCCAUAAACCUUUUCGAUAUUCUCAAUGCAUCUCUGAGGAACGAACAACACAUUUUAUGCACAAGCCUAUGGAAAAAAUACACGACAGCUAUUAAUCAGUUGAACUUUAAUAAUACCCGAACCUUAGCCACCCUCUUUUCAAACAGUGUUGCGUUGAAGAAUGGAAUUAUGUCAUUAACAAAGUUAGCUUUGGAGCUUGCAAGAAAAAGAAAAUCCGGAAAAGGCCUUUCAUGAUCAUGGUUGUUGACGUCAGUGAAAUAUAUCUGGGCCAUUCAAAAGAGAACUAAGAUUUGAAGCUCAGUUCUCCCACUUUUGCCAAUCAGGUUUUUUUCUACUACCUGCUGUGACUGGUAACCCCUUCAAAAAGACAUCACGGGCAAUUGUUUUGUAGUUCAUGGCGUCUGACUUGAGUUUUUUACUUGAUGAGCUGUUAGUUGAGACAUAUUCAGAGGAAACAGCUACUUAUGUUUGACAGGCUCAAUUCUUCAAUACGUUUAUACAUAAAAUGCUUGGCUUGUUUUUAUCCAGUGAAGACGAAAAAGACAAAAGCCGUCAUAAAAUACAAUGCAGGCUUUAUAUAGAUAACGAAUAUCCCAUUGUUGCAUUUUGAAAUUUCAAAAUAAGCUUGAUGUUCCAUUCGAAUAUUUUUCAUUUUAUACCAACACUUUUUCAUGACUUCUGUUAAAACACAACUAUGUAGGCUGAUUUAAUCAGCGAACCAUCUAAUGAGAUCGGUGGACAAGGUUUUAGAAACUGAGAUUUACUUUGCUGUAGCAUAAUGGACAGACUCGUUAAAGUUCAGACACUCCCCCUGUAAGCAAAUACGCAAGAUGGCGUUUAUAUACAGCGCCUUGGACACAUUAUUUUUUACUCGUUGUGAAGUUCAGUACAUCUAAUAUCUACUACCUGUGAGCACCAGAUUUAGACAUCUUUUAUAUAUCAUUUAAAAAGAAUUAGUUUAUCCUCCCGUGGCCAACGUUGGUUCUGUUGCUCUUGGGGCCACACAGAGGUGAACAAUUGCAAAUACAUGUACCGUACUUAAAGUUGCCUUUAACCCUAAAAAAAAAAAAGCCGGGGGCGGACUCCGCCUGUGAGAUGGGCAAAGAUUACCCGGCUCUUUUAGGGUCAAAUACUUUUAUUUGUGUUAACCGCUCGUCUUCAUUAAUAUUCUUUGACCUUACGCUCUACCGGGGGAAAACUGCUAUUUAUAAAAUGUCACAAUAUAUAAAUAUUAAAAACACUUAACGUAUAAAGCAAUAUAACUUGUGUUUGCAGACGCUCAUUGGAACGUCUUUCGUAAUUGGUUAAAUGCGACCCUAUAUAUUUAGUGUUUUGCCUCCCACAUUUCUUUUGUGAGCCUCAUUCGGACAAGCUGUAACCAGAGCUGUUCAUGUAAGAGCUUGGAUAUUGGGUCUGACCAGGAGGAAACAAAAUGGCGGAAAAAGAGAUGAAACCAGCUGAUGACAAGCAGGCAAUAAAGACGACUUAUGCCUUUGACGACAUCAUCUGCGCCGUUGGUGA